CAUGCAAAAUAAUCUGACAGGCGCAAUAACGGAAAUAACGGACGUAACAAAGAAAUGGGAAAAUUUUGCAAAGGAGAACCCAAAGACACGUUAAAAGUGUGCUGUUAAUGGAGGCGCGGCGAACUUGACUUGGGGUUGAAGAGGAGAGAUAUUGACCUCUCAAUUUUUAUGAAGGCAACAGCAACGCACACACCACCUUCCCGUUCGGCGUGGGAUUAAAAACUGAGAUUUUGUAGCAAACCGCGUUUCUCUCUCUCUCUCUCUCUCAAAAAAAAAAAAAACCAACCAGAACGACACCGUCUUGUGCCGCCGGCGUCAUGGCCUCGUCCUCCGGAGAAGAUCCAUUGUAAUGAUCAAUGCUAGCCACAACCAUGCGUUGGUUGCCUAGCUUUGCUUCCUCAUCAUCAUCUGCUUCGUCUUCGUCGCCAAAAAAGAAGGCCAGGGAGGACGGCGGGUGGAUUUUCCGGUCGAGGAGGAAGGCCGCGCAGUCGAGGAAACUGCUCAAUUUGGGGAGAGACAAUGACGGUGGAGCUAUAACCAAAUGCUCCAGCGCGCCGGGGUCGGAAUCCGCGCUGGCCAGUCCGCAGCCGCUUCCUUUGCCGGAAUCGGCCAUCCGCCGAGAGACGAGGUGUUCUCGCUGUAAGUCAUGGGGACAUGAGAACUGCUUCCUCUCCCCGGCUCCCAGUGUGUUUUCUUGGCGAGACACUCCAAAGAAUAACGUUCGAGUACGUGAGACAGUGUCGUCUAGGAGGAAGAAUCAAGAUCGAAAUCGUUUACAGAUCCCUGAACAUGACUUCAGGCUCGAUGUUCCUGUUAGAAGUGCACCCACUAGUCCAUGCGCAAGUCCUAGAUUCAGCCCACGCAGACCAAGUGCUGCUGAUUUGUGGGCUCCGUCCAGAAAUCAAGUCUGGUCUGCACCGGAGAUGACUACUAAUGAUAUGACUCAACCUCCCCCUGCCUCAUCAGAUGUAUUUAGUAAUGAAAGUUCCCCUAUAAACAGUCCCACGGCUAGAAGUCCCCUUCGACCCCCACAAGCAUCAUCCCCAUUGCAUCCCCGGCUAGAAGUCCAUCCAUUGCCUCUGCCUCCUGGAGCAAGCCUUCCUUCACCUAGUGUACCAUCACCACAACCUCCACUCACACCUAAGCCAGAGCCCCAGCCGAUUAAAGGGCAAUGGCAAAAGGGAAAGCUUAUUGGUCGUGGCACCUUUGGCAGUGUUUAUGUUGCUACCAAUAGAGAAACUGGAGCUUUAUGUGCAAUGAAGGAAGUUGAACUACUUCCUGAUGACCCGAAAUCAGCAGAGUGUAUAAAGCAGCUACAGCAGGAAAUCAAAGUCCUCAGCCAGCUCAAGCAUCCUAAUAUUGUGCAGUACUAUGGAAGUGAAAUUGUUGAAGAUCGGUUUUUUAUAUAUCUGGAGUAUGUUCAUCCUGGUUCUAUUAACAAAUAUGUUCAUGAACACUGUGGAGCCAUGACAGAAGCUGUUGUUCGCAGUUUUACUCGCCAUAUAGUCUCUGGGUUGGCUUACUUGCACAGCACAAAAACAAUACACAGGGACAUCAAAGGGGCUAAUUUGCUUGUGGAUUCAUGUGGGGUUGUCAAGCUAGCUGACUUUGGAAUGGCCAAACAUCUUUCAGGACAUGUAGGGAAUCUUUCCCUAAAGGGAAGUCCAUACUGGAUGGCUCCAGAGCUGAUGCAAUCUGAGAUGCAUAAAGAUAACAGCUCUGAUUUGGCUCUUGCUGUUGAUAUAUGGAGUUUGGGUUGUACUAUAAUUGAAAUGUUCACAGGAAAACCUCCAUGGAGUGAGUAUGAAGGGGCUGCAGCUAUGUUUAAAGUUAUGAAGGAUACUCCACCAUUUCCAGAAACAUUGUCACCUGAGGGUAAGGACUUCCUUAGGUGCUGCUUCCAAAGAAAUCCUGCUGAGAGGUCAACUGCUGCAAUGCUAUUAGAACAUCGAUUUAUAAAAAACUCCCAGCUGCAGGAAGUCCCAUCUACGACCUAUAAUGCCUCUAAUGGGAUGAAUUUCUUGGAAAGACCCCAGACUCCAAUUGAACUUGAAAGAAGACUUGAUAGUUCAUUGAUGAUUCCCAGCAUUGGCAUGCAAUUAACUACGGGAAAGGCGGCUCUCUGAGUGGUAAGAUUUGCACUCUGUAUACUCCAUUUGCAUACUUGGACCACAGAUGAGUGCAUUCCGCAUUUCGUAAUUGCCAAGCCUUGCAUUCUGCCGGAUCCAACUUCUUGCAAAAUCUUCUCUUCAGUGACAAUCUCCUUCUGAAACCUCCGGUUUAAACAGAGUCCAGCUCCAUUAUCUUCCCUUCAUCCUGCCUUUAAGGCGCGUCCCAGAAUACAUCAUCUAGCUUGGCUUGCAAUCAAAACACCACCCUUCUGCAAAUGCUCUGUGUGCUGUGUCAGACCAUGGUGCUGAAAAGUAAUGCGGCAUUUUCAGAAGACCGUAUGGGAAGGGAAAGGAUUACAGCUGCCUUUGGUCUAAAGAGAAAGCGGCUCCCGAAUUGUAGGCUUAACAGAAGAUUGAUGUUGUGGUAGGUGAUUUCCAGCCAUAGAGUAUUACUAUAGUAGGUUCUUUCCCUCAUCCUAUUUCGAUGGUGGAAGUUUCUCUUUCUGUGGAAAUUAGAAGCAGCACUUUUUGUACACCACAUAACUAAGUUUAGAGCUUCAGCAGAAGAACUAGUCUUUUGACAAGGCCUUCUGAAGGUCAUAUACAAUGCUUUCACUUCAUGUUCAAUUGUUGGAGUAAAAAAUUUAACGUCUGUA